AUGGACCAUUCGACACACCAUAAUCUAGCUAUGGAUCAUUCAGCUCAUUUACAGAUGGAUCAUGGUCCUGGUCAUGGUAAUCAUGGUGAGCACGGUGGUGGUGACACAUGUACAAUGCACUCAGCACUGACUUGGUCAUACAAGGAUACUUGCGUCGUUUUCUCUAGCUGGCACAUCAAGAAACCAAUUGAUCUAGUGCUAUCGAUGUUUGUCAUAAUGGCACUAGCCUAUUUUUAUGAAUAUUUGAAGUACUACAUCUACAAAUUUCAGCUAAACCAGUCGUCUGCAAGCAAUUCUAAUAUUCAAAGACGCUACAAAUUAGCCAAUAGCGUCUGGUAUGGUUUACAAGUCGGAUUUUCAUUUAUGUUGAUGCUCGUCUUUAUGACUUACAACGGCUGGCUGAUGUUAUCAGUUGUAGUUGGAGCCAUUUGGGGUAACUACCACUGGGGCUCUAAAGUCAAGUCCGCCGGAGUACAGGAAUUAUCAUGCCAUUAG